AUGCAAAACACCCGCCUCCAGAAUGCUGCUUUGUACUGCGCCACCUAUUGCAACGCUCCACCCCUUGCGCCGCCUCCGCCCUGCGAUUCGUCGAAAAUCAAUUCGGACUGCCCCGAUAGGCAUUUAGUCACACCUAUUAACUACAAUCUAGCAAGCCUAAACUUUUUCAUUUUUUCUUCAAGUCUUGUACAACUAAGUCGCAUUGCCUAUAAUAGGUAUAUGAACUCUAACAAAAAGAAAACGAAGCUUUGA